UCUCUUUACUUCAUCUCAGUCUCUCUGAUGAAUUUGCAGAGACAGGCUCAAAGAUGAUGAUCAAAGAAGAGAACCCAGAUGAGAAAACCCAGAAUUCGGAGCCGUUGAUCCCUGGUUUACCGGAUGAAAUCGCCGAGCACUGCCUUCUCCACCUGCCUUACCCGAAUCAGGUUCUUGUCCGGUCCGUAUCGUCGUCUUGGAAUCGAGCCAUCACUGAUCCAAGCUUCUUUCUCUCCAAGAAAACCCUCUCUCUGUCUCUCCCAUACAUCUUCGUCUUCGCCUUCCACAGAUCAACAGCAAAGCUCCAGUGGCAAGCAUUGGACCCACGAUCGGGCCGGUGGUUUGUUCUCCCACCCAUGCCUUGCGCGAGCCCGGUCUGCCCGGCAGGUUUCGCCUGCGCAUCACUUGCCCGGCAAGGUUCGCUGUUCGUCCUCGGUGGCAUGAGGUCCGAUACGGAAAACUCCAUGACGACACUUCUUACGUAUCGGACCGGCACAAACCGGUGGUCCAUAGCGUGUCCGAUGCAGUACCCGAGGUCUUUCUUCGCCGCAGGGAGUAUCAGCGGCAAAAUAAUUGCUGCGGGUGGGAGCGGUUCGAGCGUAUCGGAAAUGGUGUCUACGGUGGAGUGUUACGAUCCGGUGAAGGACACGUGGGAAUCGGUUGCGAAGAUGCGGUACGGGAUGGCACGGUACGAUGCGGCAGUUGUUGGUGACAAGAUGUAUGUCACGGAGGGGUGGACAUGGCCGUUCAGCUUUUCGCCGAGAGGUGGGGUUUACGAUGCGGAGAGUGACACGUGGGAGGAGAUGAGCGUUGGGAUGAAGGAAGGGUGGACGGGAAUUAGUGUUGUGUUGGGUGAUAAGUUGUUUGUGAUAACAGAGCAUGGAAGUUGUAGGAUGAAGGUGUAUGUUCCUGAGAGGGACACGUGGCAGUAUGUGGACGGUGAGUUUCCAUGUGAGACAGAGACACUGAAGAGGCCAUUUACUGCGUGUGGUGCUGAAGGGAAGAUAUAUGUGGUUUCUAGUGGAUUAGAUGUGGCUCUUGGUAGUGUUUUUGAAAGAGGAGGAGAAGGUGAGGAAGAGAAGCAAUGGGUGGUGGAAUGGAAAGUGAUGAGGGCUCCCAAGGCAUUCAAUGAUUUUGUUCCUUCAAAUACUCAGGUUCUUUAUGCUUGAUUUUU